CUAUGCCUUUUGUGUUAUGGCUAGACAGAGAGAGGGGGGAGAGGGACUUCCGGGCUAGUGGACGGUUUUCUCCCCAAAGGCCGGAAGCUUCAGUGUUUUCCUUCACUCUAUGGUCGUGGGUAGUCCUACUUGGAGUUCUGGGGGGGAGGGUGCCCCUCUUGAGGUGAUGGGGCGGGGGCUAAAUCAUAACUAAUAAUAAUAAUAAUGCUUAAUAGGUAUAUAGCACAGGAACGUAUUCGAGCGUCUUGCACACCUUAUAUUGGAAGUAAACAACGACCCUGAAAGCAACAAAAGAAGGCCUUUGUAGAGGUUGUAGUUCAGAACAAGUGUGAAAUAUGUUUAUCUACAGUUGAUUGCUGGAUAUUUCUGCUACAAAAAGCAUAUCCUCCAGAAAAAGUGAAUUUUCACUGAAGCUGAAAAGGGGUACCAAAAAUAAAGGAUGUCUGUUCAAUUACUAACCUGAAGAUAAAAGGGAUCUCUAGAGAACAGAAAAGGAACUCUAUGUCCGACUGUGGUACCACAGGCCAUGCAAAUGGGCAUGGCACAGCUUUUCCAGCUUGUCCUUUCCCCUUCCUUCUGUUGCUAGAGACUUUCCAAAAUGUUUAGCGCAGCCCAGUCAUCCAAGGCCCAGUUCCUUGACAAAGCGCGCCAGGCCCGAGAGGAGCGCAGGGAGCUGAAGGAGCGUGAGCGAGCCGCCGUGCAGACUCAAGCCCUCGUCCGGAGGUUUCUGUGCCGCUGUCGGCUGCAGCGCGAAAUCAGGAGAGAAGUGGACGUCUUUUUGGAUGUCAACACGCCUGGGAAGAAGACAGCCCUUUCCAUCUUCAAAACAUCCCGCAAGCUGCUCUUUGUCUUCAGGUGCCAAGAUGACAAAGAGAGAUUUGAAAAGUUGUGUCGUUGCAUACUCAACAGUAUGGAUGCUGAGAAUGACCCAAAGGUGUGGUACGUGUCUCUCGCGCUUUCGAAGGAGCUCACACUGAUGUGGAUCAAGCAGGUCAAGGAUGUGCUGUGGUUUUGCUGUGAGUUUCUGAAGCGGCUUAAGCCGGACAUAUUGCAAGAUUCUAAGCUGGUGAAUUUACACCUCACAAUGCUGGUGACGUUUACGGACACCUCCUCAUGGAAAAUACUGAGGGGAAAAGGAGAAGCUCUGCGGCCUGCCAUGAACCACAUCUGUGCAAAUAUCAUGGGGCAUCUGAAUCAAAAGGGAUUUUAUUCUGUGCUUCAGAUUUUGCUGACAAACGGCUUGGCCAGGUCCAGACCUUCCCUCUCCAAAGGCACUUUAACUGCGGUCUUUUCUCUUGCAUUGCGCCCUGUGGUUGCGGCUCAGUUUUCCGACAAUCUCUUGCGAUCCUUUUUGAUCCACAUCAUGUCAGUGCCUGCCAUAGUGACCCACCUCACUACUCUUACGCCUGAGCGCCUGGCAGUGAUAGAAUCUCAGGACCUCCUGCGCAAAUUUAUAUUGUUCUUGAGCCAUGAAGAGCACUGCAGAGAUGUCUGCACAUGUUUAGAAGGAAGCCACACACUCUGCCUUCUGGGCAACCUUGUCUACUUAGGGUCCCUGAGCGACAAAGUGCUGGAAGAGGAGACGGUGCCCUUUGUGAGCGUGCUUGUCCAGAUGCUCUCUUACUGCCAGAAGUACGUCUCCCAGAAGAAGUCCAACCUCACACACUGGCACCCUGUUCUCGGCUGGUUCUCCCAGCCGGUGGAUUAUGGCUUGAACGAAUCCAUGCCCCUGCUCACGAAACAGCUGCAGCACGUUUGGGGGGUCCACCUGAUCCGCAUCCUCUUCAGCGAUGUCCUCAGCAAGAAGCUCCAGGAGAGCCAAGAGGCGACUCGGCCGUUGGCACCAGCUACCUCCCCGCAGAACAGCCUGCCCGUGAAGAACCUUUUCAAGCGCGCUUUCCAGAAAUCUGCGUCUGUCCGCAACAUCCUGAAGCCUGUUGGGGGUAAGAGAGUGGAUUCGGUGGAGGUGCAGAAAGUCUGCAAUAUCUGUGUCCUGUAUCAGAUGGCGCUCACUACUCUGACACAGAUCCGGCUGCAGAUUCUCACAGGCCUGACCUACUUGGAUGACCUGCUGCCCAAGCUGUGGGCCUUCAUCUGUGAGCUGGGCCCCCAGGGGGGCUUAAAACUCUUCCUGGAGUGCUUGAAUAAUGACACGGAGGAGUCCAAGCGGUUGCUGGCCAUGCUGAUGCUUUUCUGCGACUGUUCCCGGCAUCUCAUCACAAUUCUUGACGACAUUGAAGUCUACGAAGAGCAGAUCUCGUUCAAACUAGAAGAGCUCAUCACUAUCUCGUCUUUCCUGAAUUCCUUCGUGUUUAAGAUGAUCUGGGAUGGAAUUGUGGAGAGUGCUAAAGGGGAAACUCUGGAGCUGUUCCAUUCGGUCCAUGGUUGGCUGAUGGUCUUAUACGAACGAGACUGCCGUCGGCGUUUUGCUCCAGAUGACCACUGGCUGCGCAAGGACCUUAAAGCAAGUUUGCUGUUCCAGGAGCUUGAUAAAGACCGGAAGCGAGCUCAGCUGGUCCUACAGUAUAUUCCCCACGUCAUCCCCCACAAAAACAGGGUUCUUCUCUUCAGGAACAUGGUAACAAAAGAGAAGGAGAAACUCGGCCUGGUGGAGACCAGCUCUGCAUCGCCUCAUGUCACACACAUCACCAUCCGUCGGUCACGCAUGCUGGAGGAUGGGUAUGAACAGUUGCGGCAGCUUUCCCAGAAUGCCAUGAAGGGGGUCAUCAGGGUGAAGUUCGUGAACGACCUGGGAGUGGAUGAAGCUGGCAUUGACCAAGAUGGCGUCUUCAAGGAGUUCCUCGAGGAGAUCAUCAAGAAAGUCUUCGAUCCUGCGCUCAACCUCUUUAAGACCACCAGCGGCGAUGAGAGGCUGUACCCGUCCCCGACAUCCUACAUCCACGAGAACUACCUCCAGCUCUUUGAGUUUGUUGGGAAGAUGCUUGGAAAAGCUGUUUACGAGGGGAUUGUCGUGGAUGUUCCUUUUGCAUCUUUCUUCCUCAGCCAGUUGUUGGGGCAUCACCACAGCAUCUUCUACAGCUCCGUGGAUGAACUUCCCUCGCUGGAUUCAGAGUUCUAUAAAAACCUAACCUCCAUCAAGCGCUAUGACGGCGAUAUCAGUGACUUGGGCCUGACGCUCUCCUAUGAUGAAGAUGUGAUGGGCCAGCUGGUUUGCCAUGAACUUAUUCCAGGAGGGAAAACCAUCCCUGUCAGCAAUGAAAACAAGAUCAGCUACAUCCAUCUCAUGGCCCACUUCCGGAUGCACACCCAGAUCAAAAGCCAGACAGCUGCCUUCAUUAGCGGCUUCCGGUCAAUAAUCAAGCCUGAGUGGAUCCGCGUGUUCUCUGCACCUGAGUUGCAGCGGCUGAUAUCUGGCGACAACGCCGAGAUAGACCUGGAAGACUUAAAGAAACACACUGUGUACUACGGGGGCUUUCAUGGCAGCCACAGAGUCAUCAUUUGGCUCUGGGACAUCCUUGCCAAUGAUUUCAGCCCGGACGAAAGAGCCAUGUUCCUUAAGUUUGUUAGCAGCUGCUCCCGGCCCCCGCUCUUGGGCUUCGCCUACCUCAAGCCGCCCUUCUCCAUCCGCUGUGUGGAAGUCUCCGAUGACCAGGACACGGGGGACACCCUGGGCAGCGUCCUGAGGGGCUUCUUCACCAUCCGCAAGAAGGAGCCUGGAGGGCGGCUGCCUACCUCCUCCACCUGCUUCAACCUCCUGAAGCUGCCCAACUACAGCAAGAAGAGCGUCCUGCGGGAGAAGCUGCGCUACGCCAUCAGCAUGAACACUGGCUUUGAGCUCUCUUAGCUUCGGGGCGGCUCUCUGAGCUGCUGGCCAAAGCCAGGAGGGCCUCAUUCUGCUGUCACUUCCACUGCAUGGGCUGGAACUCUGGUGUGGGACCCUGAGCAGCUCUGAUGGCCCUGGACUGGACUGCUUUGCAGGGGGAACGUUCGUUGUUGAGCAGCUGGCCUGCUAUUAAAUGCAGCAUUGAGAGCCGACCUUGUGCAGUCACCAUUGGCGGGGGCUUGGCUAACAGAGGGUUUGGGGGGGGGGAGUCACAUGAACUGCUGAUGGACCCAGAGGGUGGAAGGUGUCCUGUUAGUAUUUUUUUUUAGUCUUCUUGGUCCUGUUUCUUUAGCAGCGGGUUUGCAUUGGCAUCUUCCUCCAGCCUCCCAAGCAAGGCCCUUGUAUUUGUUUUGGACAAACGGUCAGACCUUGUGGCUAGCAGGACUGGAGCCAACUCUUCCAAAACGCUGUAGAACAGAGGUGGGAGGAGGGAGGGGGCUGGCUUCUCCUGGCCUCUUCUGUACCUGAAAGAAAUGUUUGUGGCUGCUCAGACCGAGUGAACCCUUCAUGUCCCCCUAGCUAAACAGCCAGAAACACCGUGCCUGCUCAGAAUGCUAUGGAAAGGCAUUGAGGCAGUCUUGCAUGCUGGUUGAAGACAGCUGGCUUUCCACAAGCCUUAUCUCCACUUGUCCAGAGAGAUUUCAAGUUUUAUGUUCAUAUUUUCAGCAUUCCUCUCCCCCCUUCCCGAGUCUCUCUUCUUUUGUCAACCAAAACUUGCCCACAGCCACGUUUGCUUGCCAGACUAUUUUGAGUCGGCUUCUGGCCUUAACGUCUGUGCGUGCGCACGCACUUGUGUACAUGCGUCUACAGGCCUAUAAUGUUCAGUCGACCUUGGCACAAGUGUUUCCCCCUUACACGAGGGGCAUAUAACAGGUUUGUGAGAUGAGAUCCUUCCACCCACCCACGGCAAACCCUUCCUAGUUGUGGGCCUGCAGUCCACCAGCCGUUGGGGAGCAGCCUGUGCCAGUCUGGUGCCCUCCAUCAUACCUGACCAUUGGCCACACUGGCUAGGGCUGGUGGGAGUCUGGAGGAUAUCAGCCCCAGGAGAGAGGAGGCUGCCCUAGAAAUACCUUGGUUCUCAUACAAGCAGAGGCUGGCACAUAAAGGACUUUUUCAGUCCGUCCGUCCCCCUUCCUUUCAGCCAUGAACAAGAGACACUUUGGGGCAACUCUUUUCCUUGUUCAUUCCUAUGAAGGCAAGUGGGGGGUCAAGUGAACGGCUGAGAGGCCGGAGGAGGAGAGGCCUCUGCUAGACCUGCUGUUGCUGCCGGCACUGCAGGAAAGGAUAGGGCCAAAGAGCCCUUCAGCAGGGACUCUCUGGAUAGGGCCAUUGUUGGUGGUGGCCCCUCAUCAUUCUCUGCAUCUGGCCUGUUGAGACGUUUAGUAGCUGAUCUGAUCUGCAGAGGCUCCUGUGUGGUAUAGAUCAGCUCUGUGCUCCGCCCUCUCAGGGACUUCUCUAUGCAGAAUACAUUUUAAUUUUUAUUCAGGAAAGCCCCAUCAUCUCGAAACACUGACUCCAUUAAACUCUGCGCUGAGGUUGCUAGCAAUUCAUUCAGCCUUUGUGUCUGUUCUGUACUUGUGUUUGUAUGCACACCUGUUCUCCCCUAGCUCCCCACUUUUCACAUCCCUGGUUUGCCCCAUGGAAAGAGGGAAAACAUCCCCAGUGUUCUUGUCUGGCGGUUGUUCGGUCACCCUCCCUUUGGUUGAAUUCAGUUGCACCAUUUGGAAAGGACGGGAUCUUUCAUGGGUUGCAUGCCUCUGGUCGUGGUCUCAGUUUUGCCACAAGUGGGUGGGGCUUUUGGAAUGAAGAACAUGACAGAAACGUCACCUUGUGCUGGUAUCUUUCCUCCAUAAAAGUUGACUGUGUUCAGCCACACAAGAAAAAAUUUGGUUUAUUUUCAAGGGUACAGUUUUCAAGAUAUCCUAGAAAUCUAGAUAAUGGACCAUGCUGGAAGGCUUAAGUUCACAGAUCUUACCCCCAGGCGGCUGCAGAGUUCUCAUGUGACUCUGCAUAUCGAGGAGUUUGCAUCACAGAUCUCACACCUGAAAAUAUUUCCUGUAUGUGCAAAUUUUGCAAGCACAAGAGUGAAGGAAGGGAUUCGCCAUAAACUAAGCAAGAUGCAAAAUAUUCCAAGAAUAUUGGAUUUGCGGGUUUUGUUUUUGCAGAAGCCGUUAAAUGCUUCCCAAAAUUGAUGAGUGGCGCAGAGUGGUAAGUGGCGGUAACGCAGCCAAAGCUCUGCUCACUGCCGGAGUUCGAUUCCAACGAAAGGAGGAAGUCGAAUCUCCGGUAAAAGGGGUCGAGGUCCAUUCAGCCUUCCAUCCAUCUGUGGUCAGUAAAAUGAGUACCCGGCCUAUGCUGGGGGGUAAAGAAAGGCCAGGGACGGAACUGGCAAUCCCACCCCAUAUAUACGGUCUGCCUAGUAAACGUCGCAAGACGUCACCCUAAGAGUCGGAAACGACUCACACUAUAAGUGCGGGGACACCUUUACCUUUUACCGCUGCUAAGCUGUAACUUUGACAUGUAAAACAGUUUUUAAAAAACAGUUAAGGGCUAGGUGUAAAGGCACACUCAAGCAUCAAACUGUUAACUGAAAACCAAACUCCGCUCCCCACCCUUUCGUUGAUUUUACUUUAAACGUGUCUCCCUGUUUUAAAGUCUAGAUAUUGAACAGUUCUUGUUAGGAAUUUGACUAUUGCAUGAAGUAGCUAGCUAGGCUAGGCUAGAGCACCCUUUGCUGCCUUCCAGAUGUUCGCACCACAACUCCCUAACAGCCCAGUACUGCACUGGCUGGGGCCAAAGGAAGUCAUAGUUGAAAGCUGCUGGAGGGCACCAGCUAGUGAGAUGAUCUGGGGGCAUGGGGCAAUCUCCCCAGUAGAACUUCAGCAGGGUAGAAGUUUGGGGGUGGGGUGGGGAAAUGAGAGUAAACAGCCCCCUUCCCAGUGGUCUCUGG